GCUCCAUUUACAGAAGACGAAAUAAGAGCUACUAUUUGGGAUUGUGAAAGUUCUAAAGCACCAGGACCAACUGGCCCUAACUUUGUUUUCUAGAAGAGAAUGUGGGAGACUUUGAAAGAGGAUGUAAUGGGGUAUUUCUCAGAAUUCCACAAUGCAGGGAGAAUUGUGAAGGGAGCUAACACCUCGUUUUUGGCUUUGAUUCCUAAAGUCGACAACCCACAGAAGAUUGAAGAGUACAGACCCAUUUCACUAAUAAACUCAAUGUACAAGAUGCUUUCUAAAGUUCUAGAAAAUAGGUUAAAGACAGUGAUGGAUGAUUUAAUUGGUGAACAACAAUCAGUGUUUGUGGGAGGCAAACAACUAGUUGAUUGCAUGAUGGUGGCAAAUGAAGUGUUGGAUGAGGCAAGAAAUAAAAUGAUAAAAGGCUUUUGCUUUAAAGUGGACUUUGAGAAAGCAUAUGAUAGAGUCAGUUGGGCUUUUCUGGACUACAUGUUGAAGAGAAUGGGUUUUAACCAUGUGUGGUGUCAGUGGAUGAAAGAGUGCAUGCAUUCAUCGACUAAGGAGAAGGGGUUGCUCAAAGGAUUGAAGAUUGGAAAUGGAGGAAUCGAAAUCACUCACCUCCAAUUUGCCAAUGAUAUGAUCAUGUUUGGAAGGGCAGAGGGUAGUAAUAUAUGGAUAGUAAAGUGCAUAAUGAGAGUGUUUGAACUUGUUUCCGGGUUGAAAAUAAAUUUUGACAAAAGCCUACUAUAUGGAUUGAAUGUGGAAGAGGAAUGGCUGGAGAAAACAGCUUGGAGUCUUAACUGUAGAAGAGGUCCUUUACCAUUUAAAUACCUCGGGAUUCCAAUUGGGGGGAUUUUCUUUGGGGAAAGAAGGAGGGAAGGGGAGGAAUUAGCUAGGUUAAGUGGGAUAGUGUGCAAACCUAAGGAAGAGGGUGGAUUAAGAGUUAGAGACCUUAGAACUUCCAAUAUAGCUAUAUUAGGAAAGUGGUGGGGUAGGAUGGCAGUAAAGGAAAGGGUCCUAUGGAAAAGAGUGCUGAAUACAAAAUACGGGGUUGAAGAAGGAAGGUGGCUGGAAUGGGUGAGGGGUGAGAUUAAGGGGAGCUCAUAUUGGUGGAGGGACUUAUGUAGAAUAAAUUCUAUUUUACCAAAUAGAGAGAAUUGGUUAGGAGUGGGCUUCAACAUUAAUUUAGGGGAUGGAGGGGGUAUUAAAUUUUGGAAAGAUGUAUGGCUAGGAGAGGUGAACUUAGCUACCCAUUUCCCUAGACUUUUUCUCUUGUCUACAGGAAAAGAUAACAAAAUCCAACAGAUGGGGGAGUGGCAUAACAACAUGUGGCAAUGGAAGUUGACGUGGAGACAAAGUAUGCACGGGUGGGAAGAAGAAAAGUUGCAAGAGCUCUCUAACUUGAUGCUUAAUGUCACGUUAGACAAGGGGCAACAGGAUGCAUGGUGUUGGAGGCAUACCAAGGAGGGAAUUUACACAGCAAAGUUGGGAUACUUGUUGCUAAGAGAUCAACAAGGAGGGGAUGAUACAAAAUUAUUCAGAAAAGUGUGGAACAAAUACAUUCCAAAUAAGAUAUGUGCUUUUAAUUGGAUGAUACUACUGAAUAGAAUACCAACUAAAACAAACUUGCGGACAAGGGGUAUUUUAAAGGAUGAUACAACAACCUUGUGUGGCUUCUGCGAAGUGGCACUGGAAGAUACGAACCACUUGUUCUUGGAAUGUCCCUUUGUAGUAAAAUUGUGGUGGAAAUGUCAAGAAUGGUGGGGACUAAGUUGCAUGAGUUAUAAUGAAAGCAUGAAGGCCUUUGUUCAGCAUGUCUUCUAUUCAAAAAACAAAUGGGUUAGGCAGGGCUGGGAAACCAUUUGGUUUGGCCUCACAUGGACUUUAUGUGGAAGGGUGGCUGGAUCGCUGUUUUCUAGUGUGGAUUGGAUACAAAGCCCGGUGUUGUGCUUGAAGUCAAUACAAGGGCUAAGCAUCCAGAAUCCCAACACGGACGUGGUGUUGACACAUAAUUUUGGUGUCGACACCAAACGGAAGGGCGGAGCAUCUAGAACCCAACAAGGACGUGGUGUUGACACAUAAAUUUGGUAUCAACACCAAGCGGCAAGGAUAUUCAACUAUGUAAUCUAUGCCUUUUAAGUUGGGAUGUUUAUAGGUUUGAGGUACCAUUUGUACUCAUUUUUUCAAUAAAUAUUACUUUUGCUGUUCAAAAAAAAAAAAAAACUAGUGACAAGUCUACUACCGCUCAUUUUUUCUUUGACCAGUUAGCUUGUGAUGAUGGCAUUGUUUCUAGAUUAUGGCAAUCCAUGUUUCUAGCAUCAAUGGUUUUAUUUGUUUUGAUUCACUGGUCCAUUGUUACUCUUUAACUCUCUUUCUAGUCUUGUUAGUUGAGACAGCAUCAUCUGUAACUGCUGAAUCUCAAAAUUCACUUAAUGCUACUAUAGACUGAAAAGUAAAGGUGCAUUAUAUUC